UUAGUUCGCACGAGGAGUGCCGUCGAAGUAGUUACGUUUAAAAUAUUUCAAAUUUUCCAUCUAAAAGUUAUUUAAAAUACAACGUGAAUACUGAACGAUGGAUCCGAGUGAAGUAGAAUUUCUCGGUGAAAAGGAGUUGGUCACCAUUGUACCCAAUUUUACUUUCGAUAUGAUAUAUUUGAUCUCGGGAACGGUAGGGCCUUUCCGUGCAGGUUUACCUGUCAAAGUUCCAAUUUGGUUAGCAGUGAAUCUGAAACAACAACAGAAAUGUCGAAUUAUUGCUCAAGACUGGAUGAAUGUUGAUAUUUUGAAUGAAGUUAAAGAAGAUGAAAAAUUAUCAAGAUUAUUCACGAAAAUGCCGAGUAAUCACUACAUGGACGAAGCGCAACUUUUAUUAAGUGUUGCGAGUGAUGAUAUACCUGAUGCAGAUGGAAUAAGGACAGCAAUAAAGGAUAUAUGGGAUAUAAGAAUGUCUAAGCUUCGUACAUCAAUGGAUGCAUUGUUAAAACAUGAAGGUUUGCAUGGAAAAUUAGACCAUUUAACUCCCAUGGAAAUCAAUAGCGUGCGUCCACUGUUGCCACAUACCUUAGAUCAAAUGUUGAGAAUUCAGAGUGUUGCAGGUGUGGCACAGUCUCAGAUUGCAGCGGAAUCACAAUGAAGCUAACACUUAUAGGUACACUUUUGUCUUUAGAGAUACUUACUUUAAGAAAUAUAUUUUUUAAGUCUAUAAAUGCAUAAGCAUUUUAUGAAAUAUUUUUAUUGUGAUAUUGGUAUGGAUAGUAAAAUUACACUCCUCUACAAUAUACAAAUGCAAUAUAA